GGCGGGGAGGGAUGCACAUGCAGACACAAAGCAUGACUGUCUCUGUUAUGUAUGAGGACGCAUCUACAUUGGAUCAUAUAUUUAAUCACUUAAGAAGUUUGGAUUGGUGUGAGAAGAUAUGGGAUUUAUGGAACGAGGAAUAAUGUGGAACAAAUUGCCUGCAUGGCAGGUGUUACUGUGGUGGCAUCAUUUCUUUCUCUUGUGGAGUACAAUAGACGGACAGACUCGCUACAGCAUCCCGGAGGAGCUGAAACAGGGCUCCGUGGUAGGAAAUCUAGCCAAAGAUCUGGGUUUGGUUGUAUCUGAACUGUACCGACGUAAAUUGCGGAUAACUUCGGAGGCUGGUAAGCAGUAUUUUCGAGUGGACUUGGGGAAGGGAGAACUGGUGGUGGUUGAUGGGAUAGAUAGGGAGGAACUGUGCGGACAAAGACCGUCAUGUGUGUUGCCUUUGGAGCUAGUCAUAGAUAACCCCUUACAGCUGCAUCGAGUCGAAAUUGAAAUACAGGACACAAACGAUAAUUCUCCUAGUUUUCAUACUAAAGAGAAAGUGGUGAAAAUUGCAGAGCUGGUCAAUCCAGGAGCGCGAUUUCCUUUAGAAAGUGCACAGGAUCCCGAUGUGGGCACUAAUUCUGUACGAUCCUACCUCAUAAGCAAAAAUGAUAAUUUCAAAUUGACUGUUAGAUCCCACAAAGACGGUAGAAAAAUCCCUGAACUGGUGCUCGAAAAACCUCUUGAUCGAGAAAAGCUGCCUGUGCACAAUCUCAUCCUCACUGCUGUAGAUGGUGGAGAUCCGGUGCGUUCAGGGACAUCUGAAAUUACAGUUAUAGUACUUGAUAAUAAUGAUAAUGCACCGCAGUUUGAAAGACAGGUAUAUGAGGCAAAUAUCAGCGAAAAGGCAACACCUGGAACUGAAAUAUUGCACGUUAAAGCUACUGAUGCAGACGAAGGACUAAAUGGAGAAAUUGAAUAUUUGUUUGCAGAGCAAACUACAGAUCUGAUUUUAUCUUUAUUUGACAUUGAACCUUCUACUGGAGUUAUUGUUGUCAAAGGAAGUUUAGAUCAUGAAACGAACCGUUUGCAUAGAUUUGACAUAACUGCUAAAGACAAAGGUAACCCUGAGAUGGAUGGGCAUUGUGGCAUCGAAAUUAAAAUAGUUGACAUUAAUGACAAUAUUCCUGAAAUAAUUGUGAUGUCUUUAACGACACCUGUUCCAGAAGACUCUGCAAUUGGAACAGUUAUUGCGUUGAUAAGUGCAAAAGACCCAGAUUCGGGUGACAAUGGUAAGAUUACGUUAAGCGUGUCUUCCAAAUCCCCCUUCAAGUUAAAUCCUUCAGUCUCUAACCAUUACUCAUUAGUGACUAAUGGGCCACUUGACCGUGAAAAAAAUAGCCAGUACAGUGUCAAGAUAAGUGCUACUGAUCAUGGAAAGCCCCCAUUAUCGAGUGAAAAAAUAAUACUUGUUGAAUUGUUAGAUGUUAAUGACAACCCACCAGUUUUCUCCCAGCCUUCUUAUGUCGUUUAUGUAAAAGAGAACCACGCACCUGGAAAGAUUUUGUGCUCAGUGUCAGCGACAGAUCCUGAUUCGGGCGACAACGCGAAGAUCUCCUACUCCAUCUUGGACUCUAAAGUGCAGGACGUGUCUGUCUCCUCUUAUGUUUACAUUAACUCAGAUAACGGCAGCAUCUACAGCAUGCACUCGUUUGACUAUGAGAAGCUGAAGGUGUUUCAGAUUCAGGUUCAGGCAAAGGAUCAGGGCUCUCCGUCUCUCAGCAGCAACGCCACUGUCCAUGUUUUUAUCCUGGACCAGAACGACAACGCCCCCGCUGUUAUUUACCCCUCCUCCGCUGCCCUGGGCUCCCUCUCUCAUCAGAGGAUGCCCCGCUCCGCUAAAGCGGGUCACCUGGUCACCAAGGUGACGGCCGUGGAUGCUGACUCGGGCCAUAACGCCUGGAUCUCCUACAAACUGGCGGAGGCCUCAGACGCCUCUCUGUUCACUGUCAACCUGUACACAGGGGAGGUGAGGACUAAACGCGCUGUGUCCGAGCAGGACGACUCCUCUCAGAGGCUGCUUAUAGAGAUCAAGGACGACGGGGAACCGGUCCAGUCCGCCACCGUCACGGUGUCCAUCCUGCUGGAGGACGGCCUCCAUGAGCCCAUCUUAGACCUCCGACACAAAGUGACCGAGCCCAGCAAGAAAACUGGCAGAAUCACCCUUUAUUUGAUUCUCUCUCUGGCCUCGGUGUCCGUGCUGUCUCUGGUGACUUUUCUCAUCUUAGCGGUUAAAUGCAUGAGGACCAGCAGAAGCAGCGGUAGUUGCUGCAUGAGACGGACCGACUGUGAUGGUUACAAGAACCCCAACAGAAACCUGCAGAUCCAGCUCAACACUGAUGGACCUAUAAAGUACGUGGAGGUCCUGGGAGGAGACAUGAUGUCUCAGAGUCAGUCCUUCAGGUCCUGCAUGUCUCCGAUGUCAGAGUACAGUGAUUUCACUUUGAUUAAACCCAGCAGCACCACUGACUUUAAGGAGGUCAUCAGUGUUCUGGAUGCGUCUUUACCCGACAGCACCUGGACCUUUGAGAGCCAGCAGAUAACGGCAGCAUCUACAGCAUGCACUCGUUUGACUAUGAGAAGCUGAAGGUGUUUCAGAUUCAGGUUCAGGCAAAGGAUCAGGGCUCUCCGUCUCUCAGCAGCAACGCCACUGUCCAUGUUUUUAUCCUGGACC